AUGAAGUGGAGUUCGCAAAACCGUGCACAUGAUUGGUGGGGGGGUAUUAUUGUGGCAUCGAGGCGCAACGUCUUGCUUCUGCUGGUAUUAGUGGUCGUAUUGAUUUUGCUGCAGGUAAUAGCUACCGUUCAGAGUAUCGAAGAGGAUGAGAAGACACCUCUCCAAGUCGCCCCUGUUUCUUUAUCUCCUUCACCUUCCCCAGCGCUAUCACCACAGAAACAACCUCAACAAGAACAAGUUCGGUUGCCUUCUUCUUCAUUCCCACGCACCACAACAUCUCUGGUGACUCUUGUGCCACCAACGCAGUCAUCCGAUGCCGAUCCUCCUGUUGAGGUUGUCGUGCACAACAACUCCGGCACUAUCCACGGCGCCAGAUUCGCGAAUAGCGGCCAUGAUGGGGGGCCAUUCAUAACGACCGUUAAGCAGAUUAGUUACUGUCACUACGAGGUGCACAACUUUUGUCUGGAGCGUGGCACCCUGCUGUUUUUUCACGACCCCAAACGGUCGUCAUCAAAGUUCAAGGGAGGUUUGCGUGCCUGCAACGAAUUUUCACGCCAUAGUCCAUCGAUUUAUAUCAAGUACUGGUCCUCUCCUCUGCCGGAUGAUGCGACGGCGGUGCUUCCGGCCCCUCUCAACACCGUUACAAAGGGUUGGAUCCUCCAGUUCUGGUGUCAGGAUUUGUUUCACAUGACACUGUCGCUGUUACCAGCCUUUCAUACCAAAAGCGCAGUCGAACAGCAAGACGCUGAUGUUUACAUUCGGAUAGCGAAAGGUAGGCGGAAGAAGGGCGGGUACUGCAAUGUGAAACUAGGCGAUCCAUUAAACUUUGAGAAGACCCAAAACCCAAAGUAUGGGCAGGAUAGUCAGUUCCCUUUCGCAGGUAACCCAUACUGGCCAUUCUACCGCAUCUUGACGAAUCGAUCGGAGAAGAUUCACCCGUUGGUGCCUGGGCAGAGCGUUCAGACGGCGUGCUACCAGAACGGUGUCAUUGAUAAGCGGUAUAUCAAGGGCAUGAUGGGUGAGGAGGCACGAAAUUACAGCGCCACUCUCCUCGAACUAAUGGGCGUACCAUUUAGUCAACCACGGCCGUGUGGAAACAAGUAUCGUCUAACCUUGAUUGACAGGCGGGGCAGAACACGACGACUUACUAACAUACCGGAGCUUAUAAAUCUCGCACAGAGCAUGGGAUUCGAGGCACAGUCUGUGGCCUUUGAAACAAUUCCUAUUCGGGAACAAAUACGUCUUGUAACUAUGACUGAUGUGUUGAUUGGUGUACAUGGUAACGGCCUCAUGUGGCUUCAGUUCUUGCCACCAGGUUCUGUUGUAAUUGAGUUGGUUGGUGUGUGGUACACACCCUACGCGCUGCUCUGGGGGCACACCUACUUCCACUCCAAAAUGCGGAACAACCCGGAGUACCAACGGCGAGGCGAGUACUACCCCUUUGCACACAAUGUAUCUGAAGUGCAAGAGUUGCUGUACCAGGCAAAGGAGGCAUUGGACCGCAGUAGGUGUGGUGACUCGCCAUUUCAGCCACCAAACGAGCAACUGGCGAACUUGUACGGUAGCUGCGUGCCACAUUGCUGA